UGCCAUUCUUGUUGUCGUCCUCCUGCCAGAGCGAAGGGAGCCGCGUCGGUCGCUGGUUGACUCCGCCGCCAUUGCGUCCCGGCUCAUCGGGGACAUGUCGAGGCUUCGAGGGACGACGACGCGGGCGACGCGGACGACGACGACGACGACGAGGCCUGCUUCGAGAUCCCUCCGGAGCGCCGCAGGACCGUUACGCCCGUGAGGAAGUUCAGCCUUGCAGACAGAGCACCAAGAACCGUCCUUGUACCAGAAGGCACGACAAUGAAGCUGUUGGAAAACUCCAGUUUUGAAGCCAUAAACUCCCAGCUGACAGUGGAGACGGGAGAUGCACACAUCAUUGGCAGGAUCGAGAGCUACUCUUGCAAGAUGGCGGGGGACGACAAGCACCUCUUCAAGCAGUUCUGCCAGGAGGGCCAGCCCCACGUCCUGGAGGCACUGUCUCCGCCUCAGACCACCGGGAUCAGCCCAAGCAGGCUCAGCAAGAGCCAGAGUGGCGAUGAAGAGGGGCCCCUCAGUGACAAGUGCAGCCGCAAGACCCUCUUCUACCUGAUCGCCACCCUCAACGAGUCCUUCCGCCCCGACUACGACUUCAGCGCAGCCAAGAGCCACGAGUUCAGCCGAGAGCCCAGCCUCAACUGGGUGGUGAAUGCUGUCAACUGCAGCCUCUUUUCUGCUGUGCGGGAGGAUUUCAAUGCGCUGAAGCCUCACUUGUGGGAUGCGGUGGACCAGGAGAUCUGCCUCUCCGAGUGUGACAUUUACAGCUACAACCCAGACCUGGAUUCGGACCCCUUUGGAGAGGAAGGCAGCUUGUGGUCCUUCAACUACUUCUUCUACAACAAGCGCUUGAAACGGAUUGUCUUCUUCACCUGUCGCUCCAUCAGCGGCUCCACUUACCCUCAUUCUGAGGCCGGGAAUGAGUUGAACAUGGACCUGAGCGAGGACGACGCGGAGGAGACGACGGACGCCUUUGACAAGGACGGGGGCAGCAUUGAGGAGGAGAGGACGCAGGUGAUCUGCAUGUGACUCUGCGGCCCACCCUCCCCUCCCCUCCAGGAUGAUGGCUCCUCCUCUGGCGUGUUCCCCAAAUCUCCCCAACGUUGCUCCUAUCCCCUUCUCCGCCUGCCCUGCGGAUGCUGCGGACUCUGGGGAUGCAGCUCCUUCCGCAGGGCGAGAGACGAUGGCCUCCCUUUCCGCCUGGGACCGGACCCCCUGAAGCACUUUCUGACCCAAAUGGGCAGCGCAGCGAACUCUGCCUGGACCCCGAACCUCCUUCUGCCGCUGCCUGUGCUUGGGGCUUCUGCUCACCCCAGGAUGGACUGACCGGACGGCCAGCCCUGGGGUGCGCCCACCCUUUUUCAGGCCGCUGUCCGGCUCCUUUCUGCCCCGCGCCUCCCCUGGACCUCUCUUUCCCCAUUUGGGGAUGCUGCCCUAUUGCAGAAGAUGGACUAUGCACAGGCCGGAGCUGGGGCAGGAGAACUGGGGAAGGAGGGCCCUGCGCUGGCUUCUCCCUUCAGCCACCAAAGACUCUUUCCAGGGGGUGUGGGGAGGGCAAGCGUGGGAUGGGGAGCGCCUGGGGGCAGCUCCCAGAGUUCUAUUUUUGUAUCCGCAGCCCUUCUUUCUGCGUUGUUUCUGUUGUGUGCGCAGCGGGGGGGCCCUCCCUCCCUCCCUACAUCCUUCCAGCCGGGUUUCACGCCCUCCUUCCCCAGCGGACAGGAUCCCUCGCCCACAUGGGGGCCAGGCAGGAGGAGGAUUCAUCCGUCCCUCUGUGUGUGUGUGUGUGUCUCUCUCCCCCAUCCAUCCAUCCGUUCUUUUGCACUGACUUUUGCACUGCCCUUUGGCCUCUCCAUCUUUGCUGUAAGAGAGGGCAGUGGUUGUGUGUCCAUCCCAGAUCAUGGCCAAGGGAGGAAGCCUCCUUGCCACCCCCAUCGCCGAGGCUUCUGCCUCUCAG